AUGAACGGAAUUGAGUUUUCCGGAAAACGCGGCACCACAGAGCAGGAUCUGGGGAAUACGAUAUCAACAGAAGCUGCCACAACUGAAACUAAAACCACAACAUUAUCUGCAAAUGCAACUACAGCUGCAACCACAACAGAAGCUGCAACUACAACAAAGGCCAUAACAACUGAAUCUGCAGCCACAACACAAGUUGUAACCACAACAUUAGCUGCAACCACAACUGAAGCUGAAUACACAACUGAAACUACAACAGAAGCUGUUGCAGAAGCUGCAACCACAGCUGAAGUUCCAACCAUAACAUUAACUGCAACAAUAGAUGCCACAACCACAAAAGAAGCUGCAAACACAACAAAAGGUUCAACCACAACAGAAACUGCAACAGAGCCUCCAACCACAACUGAAGCUGAAACCACAUCUGCAACCACAAGUGAAGCUUCAAUGACAACUGAAGCUGCAACUACUACAGAAGCUGCUACCACAACAGAAGCUGCAAACACAAAAGAAGCUGCUUCCACAACAGAACCUGCAACCACAACAGAAGCUGCAACAACAACAAAAGCAGCUACCACAAAAGCUGCAACCACAACAGAAACUGUUACCACACCAGAAGCUGCUACCACACCAGAAGCUGCUACCACAACAGAAACUGCAACCACAACAGAAACUGAAACCGAAGCUGCAACCACAACAGAAACUGAAACCACAACUGAAGCUAAAACUACAACUGAAACAGCAACCACAACAGAAGCGGCAACAAUGACAGAAGCUGCUACCACAACGGAAGCUGCUACCACAACGGAAGCUGCUACCACAACGGAAGCUGCAACCACAACAGAAACUGCAACCACAACAGAACCUGCUACCACAACAGAAGCUGAAACCAAAACAGAAGCUGAAACAGCAGCUGCAACCACAACAGAAGUUGUAACCACAACAGAAACUACAACCACAACUGAAGCUGCAACUACAACAGAAGCUGCAACCACAACUGAAGAUGCAAGCACAACUGAAGCUAAAAUUACAACUGAAACAGGAACCACAACAGAAGCAGUAACAAUGACAGAAGCUGCAACCACAACGGAAGCUGCUACCACAAAAGAAGCUGCAACCACAACUGAAUCUGCAACCACAACAGAAGCUGCUACCACAACAGAAGAUGCUACCACAACAGAAACUGUAACCACAACAGAAGCUGCAACUACAACAGAACCUGCUACCAUAACAGAAGCUGCAACCACAACAGAAGCUGAAACAGAACUUGCAACCACGACAGAAGCUGCAACCACAACAGCAUUAGCUGAAACCACAACUGUGACUGCAACUAGAACUGAAUCUGCAACACAUGCUGUAACCACAACAGAAGCUGCUACCACAACACAAGCUGGUAACAAAACUGAAGCUGCAAUCACAACAGAAGCUGUAACUGAAACUGCAACAGAGGUUGUAACCACUAUUGAUGCUGCAACAGAAGCUGCAACUACAACUAAAGCUCCAACCAUAACUAAAGCUGCCACAACUGAAGUUUUCACUACAACAAAAGUUACUACAACUGCAGGUGCUACUACAACUUUAACUGCAACCACAUCAUUAGCUGCAGCCACAACUGAAGCUGCAACCACAACAGAAGCUGCAACCACAUCAUUAGUUGCAACCACAACUGAAGCUGCUACCAAAAGUGAACCUGCAACUACAACAAAAGCUACAACCACAAAUGGAUCUGUAACCACAUCUGAACCUGGAACUACAACAGAAGCUGCAACCACAACUGAAUCUGCAAUCACAACAGAAGCUGCAACUACAACUGAAGCUGCUACCAAAACUGAAGCUGCAACCACAACUGAAGCUGCAACUAAAACUGAAAUUGCAACAGAGGCUGCAACCACUAUUGAUGCUUCCACAGAAGCUGGAACUACAACUAAAGCUCCAACUACAACUGAAGCUGCAACAACAGAAGUUUUUGCUAUAAGAGAAGUUGCUACAAAUGAAACUACUACCACAACUUUAGCUCCAACAACAGCAGAAGCUGCAACCACAUCAUUAGCUGCAACCACAACAGAAGCUGUAACCACAUCAUUAGUUGCAACCACAACUGAAGCUACAAUCACAACAGAAGCUGCAACUGAAACUGCAACAGAGGCUGCAACCACUAUUGAUGCUGCAGCAGAAGCUGCAACUACAACUAAAGCUCCAACCAAAACUGAACUUGGAACUACAACAGAAGCUACAACCACAAAUGAAUCUUCUGAACCUGCAACUACAACAGAAGCUGCAACCACAAAUGGAUCUGUAACCACAUCUGAACCUGCAACUACAACUGAAACUGCAACAGAGGCUGCAACCACUAUUGAUGCUUCCACAGAAACUGCAACUACAACUAAAGCUCUAACCACAACUGAAGCUGCAACAACUGAAAUUUUUACUACAAUAGAAGUUGCUACAACUGAAACUGCUACAGCAACCUUAGCUGUAACUACAACAGAAGCUGCAACCACAUCAUUAGCUGCAACUACAACUGAAACUGCUACCAGAACUGAAGCUGCAAUCACAACAGAAGCUGCAACUGAAACUGCAACAGAGGUUGCAACCAGUAUUGAUGCUGCAACAGAAGUUGCAACUACAACUAAAGCUCCAACCACAGCUGAAGCUGCAACAACAGAAGUUUUUACUACAGCAAACGUUACUACAACUGAAACUGCUACCACAACAAAAGCUACAACCACAAAUGGAUCUGUAACCACAUCUGAACCUGCAACUACAACAGAAGCUGCAACCACAACUGAAGCUGCGACCACAAUAGAAGCUGCAACUACAACUGCAACUGCAACAGAGGCUGAAAACACCAUUGAUGCUUCCACAGAAGAUGCAACUACAACUAAAGCUCCAACCACAGCUGAAGCUGCAACAACAGAAGUUUUUACUACAACAAAACUGCAAUCACAACAGAAGAUUCAACUGAAACUGCAACAGAGGCUGCAAUCACUAUUGAUGCUGCAGCAGAAGAUGCAACUACAACACAAGCUGCAACCACAAAUGGAUCUAACAGAAACUGCAACCACAAAUGGUUCUGCAAUCACAACUGAACCUGCAACUACAACAGACGCUGCAACCACAACUGAAGCUGCAACCACAACAGAAGCUGUAACCACAUCAUUAGUUGCAACGACAACUGAAGCUGUAACUGCAACUGAAGCUGCAACCACAACUGAAGCUGCAUCUACAACUGAAGCUGCAUCUACAACAGAAGUUGUAACCACAGCAGAAUCAGCCACCACAACACAAGCUGCAACCACAACAGAAAGUGCAACCACAACUGAAAAUACAAUUACAACAGAAGCUGCAACCACAAAUGGUUCUGCAAGCACAACUAAACCUUCAACCACAGCAGAAUCUGCCAACACAACACGAGCAGCAACUACAACAGAAGGUGUAACCACAACAGAAGCUGUAACAACAGCAUUAGCUGAAACCACAACUGUGACUGCAACUAGAACUGAAUCUGCAACACAUGCUGUAACCACAACUGAAGCUGCAACAACAACAGAAAUUUUUACUACAAAGGAAGUUGCUACAACUGAAGCUCUAAAUACAACUAAGGCUUCUACCACAUCAUUAGCUGCUACCACAACUGAAGAAACAACUAUAACUGAAACUGCUACCUUAACUGAAGCUGUAACCACAAAAGAAGCUGCAACCACAACUGAAGCUUCAACUACAAUGGAAACUGCAACCACAACAAAAGCUGCAUCUACAACAGAAGCUGUGACAACAGAAGCUGCCACAACUGAAACUGCAACCACAACAUUAUCUACAACCACAAAAGAAGCCGCAAACACAUCUGACGCUGCAAUUACAACAACUGCAACAGAGGCUUCAAUGACAACUGUGGCUGCAACCACAAGUGAAGUUGCAACAAUAACUGAGGCUACAAUAGAGACUGCAAGCACUACUGAGGCUGCAACAGAAGCUGCAACUAAAACACAAGCAGCAACUACAAGUGAAACAGCGUUCAUAAAUGAAUUUUUAACCACAACAGAAGCUGCAACCACAACUGAACCUGCAACCACAAUUGAAGAUACAACAACAGAAGCUGCAAACACAACAAAGGCUGUCACAACUGAAACUGCAACUACAACUGAAGAUGCAACCACAACUGAACAUACAAUUACAACAAAAGCUUCAACCACAAAUGCAUCUGUAACUACAUCUGAACCUGCAACUACAACAGAAGCUGCAACCACAACUGAAGCUGUAACCAUAACUGAAGCUGUGACCACAACUGAACUUUCAUAUACAACAGAAGCUGGAGACACGGCAGAAUCAGCCACCACAACACAAGCUGCACCCAUAACAGAAGGUGCAACCACAACUGAAGAUACAAUUACAACAGAAACUGCAACCACAAAUGGUUCUGCAAUCACAACUGAACCUUCAACCACAGCAGAAUCUGCCAACACAACACGAGCAGCAACUACAACAGAAGGUUCAACAACAACAGAAGCUGUAACAACAGCAUUAGCUGAAACCACAACUGUGACUGCAACUAGAACUGAAUCUGCAACACAUGCUGUAACCACAACAGAAGCUGCUACCACAACACAAGCUGGUAACAAAACUGAAGCUGCAAUCACAACAGAAACUGCAACUAAAAUUGCAACAGAGGCUGCAACCACUAUUGAUGCUUCCACAGAAGUUGCAACUACAACUAAAGCUCCAACUACAACUGAAGCUGCAACAACAGAAGUUUUUACUACAACAGAAGUUGCUACAACUGAAACUGCUACCACAACUUUAGCUGCAACCACAACAGAAGCUGCAACCACAUCAUUAGCUGCAACUACAACUGAAGCUGCUACCACAACAGAAGCUGCAACCACAUCAUUAGUUGCAACCACAACUGAAGCUGCUACCAAAACUGAAGCUGCAAUCACAACAGAAGCUGCAACUGAAACUGCAACAGAGGUUGAAACCACUAUUGAUGCUGCAACAGAAGCUGAAACUACAACUAAAGCUCCAACCACAACUGAAGCUGCAACAACAGAAGUUUUUACUACAACAAAAGUUACUACAACUGAAACUGUUACCACAACUUUAGCUGCAAUCACAGCAGAAGGUGCAACCACAUCAUUAGCUGCAGCCACAACUGAAGCUGCAACCACAACAGAAGCUGCAACCACAUCAUUAGUUGCUACCACAACUGAAGCUGCUACCAAAACUGAAGCUGUAAUCACAACAGAAGAUGCAACUGAAAUUGCAACAGAGGCUGCAACCACUAUUGAUACUGCAGCAGAAGCUGCAACUACAACUAAAGCUCCAACCAUAGCUGAAGCUGCAACAACAACAGACAUUUUUACUACAACAGAAGUUGCUACAAUUGAAGCUCCAAAUACAACUGAAGCUUCUACCACAUCAUUAGCUGCUACCACAACUGAAGCAGCAACUAUAACUGAAACUGCUACCGUAACUGAAGCUGUAACCACAACUGAAUCUUCAACUACAAUGGAAACUGGAAUCACAACACAAGCUGCAUCUACAACAGAAGCUAUUACAGAAGCCGUGACAACAGAAGCUACCACAACUGAAAUUGCAACCACAACAAUAUCUGCAACCACAAAAGAAGCUGCAAACACAUCUGACGCUGCAAUUACAACAACUGCAACAGAGGCUUCAAUGACAACUGAGGCUGCAACCACAAGUGAAGUUGCAACAAUAACUGAAGCUACAAUAGAGACUGCAAACACUAUUGAGGCUGCAACAGAAGCUGCAACUAAAACACAAGCGACGACUACAAGUGAAACAGCGUUCACAACUGAAUUUUUCACCACAACAGAAGCUGCAACCACAACAGACUAUGCAACCACAGCUGAAGCUGCAACCACAAUUGAAGGUACAACCACAACAGAAACUGCAAACACAACUAAAGCUGUCACAACUGAAACUGCAACCACAACUGAAGAUGCAACCAUAAUAGAAGAUGCAACCACAACUGAAGAUACAAUUACAACAGAAGCUUCAACCACAAAUGGAUCUGCAAUCACAACAGAAGCUUCAACCACAAAUGGAUCUGCAGUCACAACUGAACCUGCAACCACAGCAGAAUCUAUCAACACAACACAAGCUGCAAGUAAAACAGAAGGUGCAACCACAACAGAAGCUGUAACAACAGCAUUAGCUGAAACCACAACUGUGACUGCAACUAGAACUGAAUCUGCAACACAUGCUGUAACCACAACAGAAGCUGCUACCACAACACAAGCUGGUGCAGCCACAAAUGGAUCUUCAACCACAACUGAACCUGCAACCACAAAUGGUUCUACAAACACAACUGAACCUGCAACCACAGCAGAAUCUGCCAACACAACACGCACAGCAACUACAACAGAAGGUGCAGCCACAACAGAAGCUGUAACAACAGCAUUAGCUGAAACCACAACUGUGACUGCAACUAGAACUGAAUCUGCAACACAUGCUGUAACCACAACAGAAACUGAUACCACAACUUUAGCUGCAAUCACAGCAGAAGCUGCAACCACAUCAUUAGCUGCAGCCACAACUGAAGCUGCAACCACAACAGAAGCUGCAACCACAUCAUUAGUUGCUACCACAACUCAAGCUGGUAACAAAACUGAAGCUGCAAUCACAACAGAAGCUGCAACUAAAACUGCAACUGCAACAGAGGCUGCAACCACUAUUGAUGCUUCAACAGAAGCUGCAACUACAACUAAAGCUCCAACCACAACUGAAGCUGAAACAACAACAGAAAUUUUUACUACAACAGAAGUUGCUACAACAGAAGCUCCAAAUACAACUGAAGCUUCUACCACAUCAUUAGCUGCUACCACAACUGAAGCAGCAACCACAACUGAAGCUACAACCAUCACUGAAGCUCCAAACACAACUAAUGCUGCAACUACAAUUGAAACUGUAACUACAGCAGAAGCUUUAACAGCAACAAAAGUUGCUACCAUUACUAAAGCUGCAACCACAAUUGAAGCUAAAACUACAACUGAAGCAGCAACCACAACAGAAGCGAACAGAAGCUCUGCAACCACAACAGAAGAUGCAAUCACAACAGAAGGAGCUACCACAACAGAAGCUGCUACCACAACAGAAGGUGAAACUACAACUGAAUAUGCAACACAUGCUGUAACCACAACUGAAACUGCUACCACAACUUUAGUUGCAACCACAGCAGAAUCUCCAACCACAACUGAAGCUGCAACCAGAACAGAAACUGCAACCACGAAAGAAGCUGCAACUACGAUAGAAACUGCAACCACGACAGAAGUUGCUACCACAACAGAAGCUGCAACCACAACAGAAGCUGCAACCACAAAAGAAACUGAAACCACAAUAGAAACAGCUACCACAAGUGAAGCUGCAAUGACAACUGAAGCUGCAACUACUACAGAAGCUGCUACCACAACAGAAACUGAAACCACAACAGAAACUGCUACCACAACAGAAGCUGCUACCACAACAGAAGCUGCAACCACAACCAAAGCUCCAACUACAACAGAAGCUGCAACUAAAACGGAAGCUCCUACCACAACGGAAGCUGCAACCAUCACAGAACCUGCUACCAUAACAGAAGCUACAACCACAACAGAAGCUGAAACAGAACUUGCAACCACAACAGAACCUGCUACCACAACAAAAGCUGCAACCACAACAGAAGCUGUAACCACAACAGAAACUACAUUGCAACCACAGCAGAAUCUCCAACCACAACUGAAGCUGCAACCAGAACAGAAACUGCAACCACGAAAGAAGCUCUGCAACAACAGAAGCUACUACAACAGAAAAGCUGCAACUACAACAGUAGCUGCAACCACAACAGAAGUGGUAACAACGGAAGCUUCAACCACAACUGAAGCUGCAACCACAACAGAAGCUGCAACCACAAAUGAAAUUGCUUCCACAACUUUAGUUGGAACCACAGUAGAAUCUACAACCACAACUGAAGCUGCAACCAGAACAGAAACUGCAACCACGACAGAAGCUGCUACAAGAACAGAACCUGAAACCACGACAGAAGCUGCUACAAGAACAGAACCUGCAAUGACAACAGAACCUGCAACGACAACAGAAGCUGCAACCACAACAGAAGCUGCUACC